AUGGCGCGCGCCACGGAGCCCGAGCGACGGCUGCUGGUCGUCUACACCGGCGGCACCAUCGGCAUGCGGAGCGAGGGCGGUGUACUGGUUCCCGGAAGAGGCCUGACUUCUGUCCUGAAGACGCUGCACAUUUUCCAUGAUGAGGAGUAUGCCCGGGCCCGUGGCCUGUCUGAGGAUACCCUGGUGCUGCCCCCUGCCAGCCCUGACCAGAGGAUCAUCUACACAGUGCUGGAGUGCCAGCCCCUGUUUGACUCCAGUGACAUGACCAUCACUGAGUGGCUUCAGAUUGCCCAGACCAUAGAGAAACACUACACACAGUACCAGGGCUUUGUGAUCAUCCACGGGACAGACACCAUGGCCUUCGCUGCCUCAGUACUCUCCUUCAUACUGGAAAACCUGCAGAAGCCCAUCAUCCUCACUGGUGCCCAGGUGCCCAUCCACACACUGUGGAACGACGGCCGUGAGAACCUGCUGGGGGCCUUGCUCAUGGCUGGACAGUACAUCAUCCCCGAGGUCUGCCUGUUCUUCCAGAACCAGCUUUUUCGGGGCAACCGGACAACCAAGGUGGACUCUCGAAAGUUUGCUGCCUUCUGUUCCCCCAACCUACCCCCUCUGGCCACGGUGGGUGUGGAUGUCACAAUCAACAGGGAUCUGGUACGGAAGGCCAGCAGGGAGGGCCAGCUGGUGGUGCACCGCGGCGUGGAGCGCGACGUGGGCCUGCUGACCUUCUACCCCGGGAUCCCGGCCUCCCUGGUUCGGGCCUUCCUGCAGCCCCCACUGAAGGGCCUGGUCGUGGAGACCUUCGGCUCAGGGAAUGGGCCUACCAAGCCAGACCUGCUGCAGGAGCUGCGGGCAGCAGUUGCGCGAGGCGUAGUCAUCGUCAACUGUACCCACUGCCUCCAGGGAGCCGUGACCUCGGAUUAUGCAUCUGGCGCGGCAAUGGCAGGUGCUGGCAUUAUCCCAGGAUUCGACAUGACAUCAGAGGCUGCCCUGGCCAAGCUGUCCUAUGUGCUGGGACAGCCUGGGCUCAGCCUGGAUGACAGGAAGGAGAUGCUGACCAAGGACCUCCGCGGGGAGGUGACGCUGCCUGUGGCGGAUGAGCGCCGGUCCUCCCUGCAGUGUGGCACCAUGGGCCACAGAGUGGCCUGGCUCCUCGGUCUCAGUGGCAGGCAGGAGGCUGAUGCCAUACAGGAUGUCCUGAUGCCCAGCCUGGCUCAGGCUGUGGCCCACACUGGUGAUCUGGCUACUCUGCAGGCCCUUGUGGAGCUGGGCCAUGACCUGAGCCUGGAGGGUUCUAGCGGUCAAACCCCACUGCAUGUGGCUGCACGGAGGGGCCACACUGAAGUGGUUACCAUGCUGUUGCGGAGAGGUGUUGACGUGAACACCCACAACGAGGAUGGCCACAGCCCACUGAUGCUGGCCGUGAAGGGCAGGCAUCGGGGUGUCAUCGGACUACUGCGAGCAGCUGGAGCUUGCUUGUCCCCCCAGGAGCUGGAGGAUGCAGGGACAGAGCUGUGCAGGCUGGCACACAGGGCUGACAGUGAAGGCCUGCGGGCAUGGUGGCAGGCAGGAGCUGACCUAGAGCAGCCAGGCUAUGAUGGGCGCAGUGCCCUGUGCAUUGCCGAAGCAGCUGGGAACGCAGAGGUGGUGGCCCUUCUGAAGAACCUUCAGGGCGGGGUUGGUGCGUAGGCUCCAGCCUCAUGGGUGCGCGGCACGGGCGUGUCCACCCGGCCCGCCCCCCGCGGCACCUGGGCCCGGCGGCCCCGCGGCGAGCUCGGCGGCCCGCGCGUCCCUCCUCCGCGCGCCGACCCCGGCCUGGUGCGCGCGGCUGGGCCGGGCUGGGGGCGGGGGCGGGGGCGCCGGGCCGAGCAGAUCCCGCGGCCGGUGAGUCAGGGCCACCCCCGCGCGGGCGCGUCCGGCGGGUCCCGGGGCCGACCCGCCGCGCGACCCGACCCGCGGGCCCGGAAAAACCGGUCUGGCCAGCGCGGCGGGCGCGUUCCGGCGCCGAGCAGGGCGGCUUCGCCGCAUAAAAGGCGCCGGCGGUCGGAGCGCAGCCGCUCGGGGCGCAGCCACCCGCCCGCCGGUCGGGCCACGCGGGCUCGGGUGGCCGGCCGUCCCGGGGAGCGCGCGGCCCGGGCUCGUCUCCGCACUGCGCGUCGGGCGGGACGUCGCGGACCGCGCGCCGGGUCCAGUGGUUCUUAA